AUGUCGUGGGCCGGAUUCAAGAAGGGCGUGAACCGCGCCACCACGCAGGUGAUGAUGAAGACGGGCCAAGUCGAGAGGACGAACGACCGAGACUACGAGGUCGAGGAGAGGAGGUACCGGACGAUGGAAUCGGCCGCGAAUCGGCUGCAGAAGGAAGCGAAAGGUUAUCUCGACAGUCUGCGAGCCAUGACAGCAUCCCAAAUGAGGAUAGCAGAGACGAUCGACGCAUUCUACGGCGACGCUGGUACCAGAGAUGGAGUUUCGCGAUCCUACAAGCAGGCCGUCGAAGAUUUAGACGCCGAAACCAUCAAAGCGCUUGAUGGUCCAUACCGAGCAACUGUGCUUGAACCGAUCUCCCGCUUCUGCGCAUACUUCCCUGACAUCAACGAAUGCAUCAAGAAACGAAAUAACAAACUCCUGGACUAUGAUUCCAUGCGUUCCAAGGUCAAAAAACUGGUCGAGAAACCCGACAAGGAUGUUACCAAACUACCUCGCGCGGAAAAAGAAGCAGAAAUGGCCAAGCAAGCAUACGAACAACUCAACGAACAACUCUUUACUGAACUUCCCCAACUUAUCGAUCUCCGUGUUCCCUAUCUCGACCCUAGCUUUGAAGCGCUAGUCAAAAUUCAACUCCGGUUCUGCGCAGAAGCCUACAGCCGCAUGGCACAGGUGCAGCAGUACUUGGACCCAGAAACUAGAGAACAAUAUGCACGUGGAGACCUGGAUAACCGCGUCGAGCAAGUUCUCUCAGAGAUCCGAGAUUUAACCAUUGCUGGAACUGUCUAA